AUGCCAUCCACCAAGGCGGCAGCCGAUGCUGCUCAUUCAGCCCCAGAUCUAGAGAUCGUCGGAGACCAAGUGAUUCUCCACCCCUCCGGCUUCACGGGUGGCCCAGAACCUCAGGAUCAUGGCAUCACGGAGCGCAACCUUGUCCACCGGAUGGGACGAUUCCGCGAGAACCCCUUCGACUUUUUGCGCGAAGUGAGUCUGUUCGUGUCGGGUUCGGGAUGGCGCGCCUACGACGAUGUGAUCGGUCAACCUAUUUUCUAUUCCGGGUUUACCGACAGGAUGAAGAGCCUCAUUCUGGCGAACCCGCUGCUACGGAACAAAAUAAAGGAGCUGGCUGAGGCGCGUUUGGAAGUGGAAGCUCGAGAAGGUCUUCUCAACGCCAAGAUAGAAACCUUUGAAAAGGCUAAACUGAAAAGAAAGAAUGAGAUCGAAGGCAAUCUGAAUGAAGUGGUCGACACGAUGCUGGACAAUAUGAUUUGCAAGAUGGAGAGCAAGAGGUUUAUUAGAUCGGCGUACUAUCUCUGCACGCAGUUGCUUACUCGCGCAUAUCACCAAGGGAUUCAUGUCUCUAGUGAGGAAGUCCUCAGGCUCAGAAGUGUCGCUGCGGAGGCCGCCAAGAAAAAGCAGUCUAUUGUAUUCCUUCCCUGCCACAAGUCCCAUGUGGACUACGUCUCACUACAACUUAUCUCCUAUCGUCUUGGUAUCGGCCUUCCCGUGGUCGUUGCGGGAGAUAAUCUCAAUAUUCCUUUACUAGGACCUUUCCUGCAGCAUGCAGGUGCAAUGUGGAUUCGACGAAGUUUUGGAAAUGAUCCGCUGUAUCAUACAGUUGUACAGACAUAUAUAGACGUUCUCCUGCAGCAGGGGUUUAAUUUUGAAUGUUUCAUUGAAGGAGGAAGAUCGAGGACUGGGAAGCUCCUGCCUCCGAAGUUUGGAAUUCUCAGCUUCAUUGUUGACAGCGUUCUGUCCGGGCGAGUUGCAGAUACCAUUAUAUGUCCCGUCAGUACGCAGUACGACAAGGUUGUCGAGACCGAGUCUUAUAUCAGCGAGCUACUUGGUCAACCAAAGCGAAAAGAGAGUCUUGCCGAUUUGAUUUCUUCGUCGUCUGUUCUUUCUCUUAAGCUUGGUCGCGUGGAUGUCCGAUUCCACGAACCGUGGAGCUUGAAAGAGUUCCUCGGGCAACAGAUCACACGACUAUCUCUCUCCCCUUCAGAGAACCUCAGUGCACGCUUGACUCCCGACGAAAGAGGCAGGAUACUCCGGACACUAGGUUACAGAGUUCUCUCUGAGAUCAACGAUGUCUCCGUCAUCAUGCCGACUGCUCUUGUUGGAACUGUUCUCCUAACUCUUCGCGGUCGUGGUGUCGGAAAAGCUGAGCUUAUCCGGCGACUGGAAUGGCUUAGCGAACGAGUUCGAGCAAAAGGUGGAAGAGUAGCGCAUUUUUACAGAGCACCUACAGAGCAAGUCGUCGAUCGCGCACUCGAAGUCAUGGGACCGAAGCUAGUUGGCCAGGUGAGCGGGCUUGCCGAGCCAACGUAUUAUGCCGUGGAUCGAUUCCAGCUCUCUUUCUACCGCAAUAUGACGAUCCACCUCUUUAUCACGGAAGCCUUGGUGUCGGCAGCAAUGUAUACAAGGGUUAAGCAGGGCGGAGGUCCGCUGAACCAGCGCAUCACAUACGAUGCUCUGCGAAAACAGGCUUCUUUCCUGUCUCAGCUUUUCCGCGGCGAGUUCAUCUUCCCUCCCGAUGGUCUGACGACGAACUUGGAGAAUACGCUUCGCGGUCUAGAAAAGGACGAUGUGAUCAAGGUCACACGGGACGCUUCCGGCGCGCCAACUUUCAUCGAACUCAGCGACGCAGAACGUCAAUGCGGAAGAGAAAAUUACGAUUUCUAUUGCUUCUUGAUUUGGCCCUUCAUCGAAGCGGCAUGGCUAGGCGCAGUGUCAUUGAUGGGUCUUACUCCACCUUUGGACAAGCCGACGGACGUGUGGCUUGAUAUGAAGAAAGUGCAAGACAGCGCUCAAUUGUUAGGCAAGACUCUGUACCAUCAAGGCGACCUCUCCUAUUUCGAAGCAGUCAACAAGGAGACCCUGAAGAAUUCCUAUCAACGGUUCGAAGAAGAGGGAAUUAUUCUAGUUGCUAAGAACAAGGAGCUCCGCUCACAGGUCACUAUGAAAUUGGCACCCGAGUGGACGCCUGAGCGAGAUCCAAACACCGGCAAGCUGCUUGCCCGUGGGCGUCUUUGGGACUUCACGGAGCUUAUUGCGCAAUCGAGGAGAGAAGGCAAAAAUCGUCGAGAUGGCGCUACCGUGUCAUCACGCGUCCUCAACAUGUCUGAAACCGUCGGUAGUCGACUAUACCAAACCGCCUCUGUGCCCCAGCCGAUUGACGCGACUGCUGACGUGGGCGUCUCAUCGCCGAAAGUCCGUAGAAAGGCUAUUGAGACUGUAUCGAAACUUUAG